AUGUCUGGUCCACUAAUGACCUCAGCCAUCACAUUGUUCGGUGAAAGCUCCCUCUUCGCAGCCGCUAACGCAUCCACAAAUGCUACCGCGCCCCGACUCCUCGACCAGAUCUGUCGUCUCAAUCGCCUCCCCUUCUCCACAUUCCGUAGCUACCGCGACUACACAGCCGCAUGCUCCUCCCAAGCAGACGACACAGAGCGCCUCCUCCAAAUAAUGCAAAACUUUACAACCGUCCUCUUCUCAGACACAACAGCCACAGAACGCUACCUCUCCGCAAGCAUCAUCUCGCUCACCGGCAUAACCCUCGUCUCCCUCCUACUCCUCCUCCAACUCCUCGGCCUCGCAUACCUCGCAUACUACAUCUACAAAGUCCCCACCUGGACCCCGCACCUCGACGCCCUAUCCAUCGCCCGUAUCACAUCCAGUCUCGACCGCGGUAUCGUGCCGGGGCUGGGCGCUGUAUAUGCGUCUGAUAUCCAGCGUCUGGAUGCGGCGGAUGCGACAAUCGGCAUCGUCGAGGGCGCGUACGCUUUUGACCCGUCUUCUGAUUCUGCACAGCCGCUGACGCAGGUUAAGACGGUCGAGUUGGGUCUUGGUGCUUCGGGCGUGUUUACGAGCCGCUUGGCGAGGUUCAGAGUCCGUCGCGCCCAGGCGGCCAGUGACAUGCAGUGUCGGUGUGAGGGGUGUAGGAGCCGUGGUAGGCGAGGCAGUGUGUCGUCGACUUCUUCGCAUCGGUAGAUUUGCGUAUGGAGAGUAGGGCAUGAUCAAUGACUGCGCCCAUCUUUAUGCCGUGUAUUCAUCACACCAUGUUUAUCCUCUAUCCCUU